CAUCCGCUUACUAUUUAUAUCCUUAUAGUUGAUCGUAGACCAGUGAAGACACUUAGUCAACCGACACCAACACUACACAGGAAAUCAUCCACUCCAACACGAACUGAAGAUACUGCAGUGCGUUCCAGUGACAAAUCUGAUACUUCGACAACGAAAAAUCAAUCACACAUUGAUGACAGUGGUCAUGUCACAAAUCAUCAACACAAAGUGGAUACAAAACCACAUAUUGCUAUUAUCGUUACCAAUAAACGUUCUGGAUCUUCAUUUUUUGGAGAGUUGUUUAAUCAGAAUCCAAAUGCAUUUUAUUUAUUUGAGCCACUGCAGUGUUUUACACUAAUGGCUCUAAAGAACGAGAUUCCCUCUAAUGAGUUCAACUCUCUUUCAAUUAAAACACUGAAGUAUAUUUCAACAUGUGAUCUCUACAAUAUUCCUUACUUAAAUACUUGGUGGGAAGCGUUCAGAAUUUUUUUCUGCUGGAGCAGUCCUUGGUCAAGUCUAUGUAAAGACAAUAAACCGAGGGAGGUAUCCAUAGAAACGGGACUUGACACGCUCGUUCAAAUGUGUAAUUUGUCUAAAUUAGUUGCUAUCAAAACUAUUCGGUUAGCUGACAUCGCCUCUUUACGCGAACUUGUUGAAAUGUACAACAUAAAUGUGAAAGUGUUACAUUUGGUCCGUGAUCCCCGAGCUGUGAUGAAUUCAAGGUGGCACUUACAUUCUCCAAACUAUGACUUUCUUAGAAAGAAGGUCAAAGAUGAAACAAUUGACUUAUGCCAGCACUCUGUACGGAAUAUAAAAUACGUAUCAUCUCAACCUGAUUGGCUUAGAGGGCGAUAUAAACUUGUUCGAUUUGAAGACGUAGCAAGUUUUCCACAUGAGUGCGCAAGACAAAUUUAUCAAUUCUUGGGAGUAGAAUAUCCACUUGUAUUAGAUGGAUGGAUAAAUGAAAAUACUAACAAUGAUACAGCGAAUCCAUUCGCUACUAAAAAAGAUUCUUCUCGCAUCAUUAAUAAGUGGAGGAAUGAGAUGGACUUUGAGCAAGUGAAAAAGAUACAAAGCAAAUGUUCACUAGCAAUGACGUCAUUAGGAUAUAAUUUAAUGAAUGAAAGUCAACUUGUGAAUAUCGACGAUUAUGAAUCUUAUCUUAGACCUGAAGAGUUAUCUUUCACAAAGCUCCAUGGCAUUUUUGUCAAGAUUAAUAAUUAAGUUUACAGUUUUAUACCUUUUAUU